CCUCUUUGGAAGCAAGAGGCCUUUCCUCCUUCCGAGGCGGAGGAGUCCUUUCUGCAUGUGCGGCGGGGGAAGAGCCGCUUGCAUCCUUUCCGCUGCUCGGGUUCAGUUCGCUGCUAGUGGCCAGAGAGGUGCUUUGGUUAACCUUCUUUGCAAGAGGGAAGAAGAGCCAGCCAGUUAACUGCGAGCUUUGUGCCGGGAGCUGUCAGGAGCUUUUUCUCCCUCCCAUUCGUCUCUUAUGCAGAACUGGGGCUCGGCUGUGCAUUGCAGGGGGUUGGAGUCGAUGACCCACAGGGUCCCUUCUACACAAACCCUCCCGCUUCCAGAUCCCUCUCGUUGGGUGUGCUUGUACCGAGGAGGGUGUCCCUAGUGUACAGUGUCCCUCUUUGCCUUUUGUCCUCAGGAAAGGGAGAAUGGGAGAGAGGGACGCGAACAUCCUGGGAUCCUUCUGUGUCCUCUUUUUCUCUCUCUCCCCACCCCAAGUCCAAAGGGGCCACUGCUUUCUUUGCUUGUCAUUUUUAUCGUAUACUUUAGAGGAGGCAUUAUUUUGCUGAGCGUGUGCUCAGCAUGCAUGCCACUUUCCCACUUUAAAAAAGCCUCUCUGGGUGACUUACAAGGUAAUUGAAACCAUCAAGAGAACAAAUAACAUAUUUUAAAUUUCUGCACAGUUUUGGAACUAAAUUAGCACAAUAAAAACCCAGAGUUGGCCAAUCUCAGAAAUAUGGCAGGGCCAGAUAAAUCUUCAACAUUUCUAAAAAUUUCAGUGGAGUGGGUCUAUCUUGGGGGAGAAUUAUAUAAUUUAUUAUUAUUAAUAAUAAUAAUAUAAAGGCACCACCACAAAAAAGGCAGGUCAGUCAUGCCCCAAUUGGUGAUGGUGGAGGCACUGGCACCCAAAGUGUGUCUUCAGCUAAUUAUUCAGGGAGGGGGAAAUAAUGGAAGACAGUAAUUCUUUAUGCAGCAUGCCAAAAUGUACUUUACGCAAAAGCUCUGUUUGUAUGAUAACAUCUUUUUGUGGGUGUGGAUAAAGGCAAGGCAGGCGAUGGAGCUUAAACUACCACCACUUUUGGGGACUGCCAGUCCCUGUUGAGAACUAUCAAGGUACCCCAUGCCGGAAAAUAUUUUUCAGUGUAAAAACAACUAAAUGAAUACAUAAAGAAAGCUCAAGAAAAUGAGUUAAGACACUUGGUACAGAAGAGAGUGCAAACACUCCCAGAGUCUUUCCCGAAUAUGUGUGUUGUAAUUUUGUUUGGUUUUAGCGCCUUGAGUUCCUGAUAAAAUACUACCAUCAUAUUCUACCCUUUCAGUAUUCCAGCUCUUAGAGUCUUCCAAUGAGUUAAGCCUUUUUGGCCUGUGUAACCCAAGGUGAAUAGUUUACAAGGCUCACCAAGAAGUAACCCCAGUAAGUUGUCUUGCGUUAAUCUGGAAUAACAGAUGGGAAGAGGCUGUUUCUGCAGGAAUAUUAAGACCAUGAAUCCCAUGAGUUACUGUGUAUAUUUGAGAAUCAAGGCACGAGUAUAUAUAUUUCCAGAAAGAGUUUGAGUUGGUGUCCUGCUUUUAUGCCACUGAAAUCAGUUGUUCUGACCAAUUCAAGGGAAAGAAUGUUACUUUAAUGGUUCAUCAAGCAUACCUAAUAAGUGUCUGACUUUAAAAAAUAUUUCACAAGUUUUUCUUCCCUUUCUGUUCUUUGUCCUUAGAUGACUGUUGUUAAAGUAGAAGGAUAAUACAAAAUGGCAGAAGCAAUUUUCCAUCCCCCAAGAAGGAAGAGGAGAGUAUAUGAAUCAUAUAAUUCUCCGUUUCCUAUUUCUUCCACCAGAGAGGGAAUUUACGGAAGAGAUUUCCAAAUAUGCCAGGCUGAAAUUUUAAAUAAUAAUGUAAUUGUGAAGAAUCCUGAAGAUAUAGAACAUCUAUAUAGUAUGGUAUUCUUGACUUUUGUUUAUCUGUCUAAUGCAUGACGCUUCUGACAUUGAAAAGAUUCACCUUGGUUGCCAACACAAUGGACUUUUAAAAAUGUAAUUAAUAUUCCAAACCAAAUAAUUGUCAAUCUAGUUAAAAUACUGUGCAUGUGUGAAGGUGUGAGGUGGGGAGGGGCAAAUCAGUCAAAUAAUCACAUGGGUCCUGUAUUUCUAUCUGGAAUGGUUGAGAAGGCAUCAACAGCAAAAUAAGGUUUAUAUUCAUGAGCACUAUACUGUACUGGAUUGUGUGUUUCAUAGAAACUUGCUAGUGUGUGCUUCUCUUUUAAAGCCAUCACUGCUGGUGGCCCUCAAUACAAUUUGUGGGAAUGAAUUCAAUAGCUUUUAAGCACUAUAUGCCUAUUUAUUUUGCCUGUCCUGAAUCUUCCAACACUCAGCUUCAUUGGAUGUCCACAAGUUCCUGUUAUGAGAGGAGGAGAAAACCUUUUCCUAAUCCACUUUCUCCACACUACAUAGAAGAUAACUUGUCUUCAGCAUCAGAGUAACUGCGCUCAGAGAGCUUGUGUUUAUUGACUGACUUUCAUACAUGCUGGAAGCUUUCUAGUUUAAAAAGAUAUGACAGUGUGUGUGAUCAGUAACGCAAAGAAUAUCAAAUGCACAACUGUGGUACUGUUGGUAACACAGAUGUCUCAUUUUUCUAGGGAUUUUUUGGGAAAGGUAUUCUUUCCAGAAGUCGGCCGGAAUACAAUAUUUCAGAUCCUACGUUGGUUGCUAAGUGGCAAGGUAAGCUAGUCUGAAACUGAAUUAAAGGCAUAAAGUGUGCAUAAUGAACUCUUUUGAUUGGCUCAAUUUUUGGUCCUUAAACCCUUAAGGCCCUGGAAAACAGCAUUUGCAGACACAAUAUUGCAGCAAAUGUUGUUUGGAUUCCUCUUAUGCAGAGAGGGUGGCCAGGAAGACAGAUAUAUUUUUCUGUGGUGUAGUGGUUAAGAGCGGUAGACUCGUAAUCUGGUGAACUGGGUUUGCUUCCCCGCUCCUCCACAUGCAGCUGCUGGGUGACCUUGGGCUAGUCACACUUCUCUAAGUCUCUCAGCCCCGCUCACCUCACAGAGUGUUUGUUGUGGGGGAGGAAGGGAAAGGAGAAUGUUAGCCGCUUUGAGACUCCUUAAAGGGAGUGAAAGGUGGAAUAUCAAAUCCAAACUCUUCCUCUUCUUCUUCUUAGCAUGAAUGCAUUAUUUGAAGCAAAAUCCAAACUGUCAGUACAAUGCUAUCCGCCUUUCCACAUAGAUAGCUUGGAGAGGUGGAGGGAACAGGGGAGAAAAAAUGGCCCAUAGAUGUCUCUCCAUCACUUCCACUAGUGGAGAUAAGCGCUGCUGAUGGGGCAGGGAGCAAGGCUGUGCCACAAGGGCUACCCAAGUUCCACCCUAGUGAAUGGAAAGCUACCAGGGCUAACAGCUUUAGAGCCAAAAUUGCAUGGAUUCCCUGAGGGGUCCCAUUCUUUGUUCCCUUGUCUAUGCCAGCCUGGAGCUGCCGCACAAAAAAAGGGGAAAUCUCCUUUCAGCCUUCUGCCCAGAAAGCAGCAGGACUUUGAACGUGGAGGUAGAUCUGCUGAUCCACUCCACUUUGCUGCUCCCGGCUGGGUUUUGGGUUGCCCUGUGUGUUGCGGAAUCAAUAGCUAACAAUUCUGCUUUUAUUGCAGAUGUCGGGUUAAACAUGCCGAUAAUCUCUUCGAAAAAGUAAGUGCAGCUCCCCCCCCUUUUUUUCCCCUCCUGUGUCUGAAGCUUGAACUGCAGUUCCUUGGUACCAGGGAGGUCCGACUGGCACCUUCAUUAUACACCUUUGGGUGUCAGGCGAAGAUGUUCCCCUUUAACCAGGCCUUUGGCUGAUUGACAUCCGAUGCCCUUUUAAAUCUUUUGUGGAAGGGAGGGGGCGUUAUUGGUUUGUUUUUGUUCCUAUUUUUGUUAUGUACAGUGGUACCUCAGGUUAAGAACUUAAUUCGUUCUGGAGGUCUGUUCUUAACCUGAAACUGUUCUUAACCUGAAGCACCACUUUAGCUAUUGGGGCCUCCUGCUGCUGCCACGCCGCCGGAGCAUGAUUUCUGUUCUCCUCCUGAAGCAAAGUUCUUAACCCGAGGUACUAUUUCUAGGUUAGUGGAGUCUGUAACCUGAAGGGUAUGUAACCCGAGGUACCAAUGUACUUUGUGUUUUCUAUAUUGUAAUUUUGUGCUGUGAACUGCCCUGAGAUCUAUGGGCACAGGGCAGUAUACAAACUUAAAUAAUUAUAAUAAUAAUAGUGAAAUUGAAGUUUGUUAGGGGUGGCUAAUGUGGUGCUUGAGGGUGCACAUGGGCCUGCAGGGGGCUUUUCUGGCACAUGUAGGGGCCCCUCCCCCUGCUGAAAUUAAGCGCAAAAGAAUCAUUAUUGUGUAGCCAACAGAAAAGGUCUUGGUGUGUGCUUGGUUGCAGGACGUCUUAUGUGGUGCUAAAAGCAGUUUCUCCCAUUUGCAAGUGUGUCCGCAGGCCUCGGAAAGAUUGGCACCCCUGUGUUUCCUUUUUCAUUCCAGGUACCAGCGUCAUGUGGAAUGGGCUAAAAGCCUCAUGCAGGAGCAAGGACUGGAUGACUUCACAGUUGAUGCAGCCAUGCUGAAUUAUACGCAGCCCGUUAAGCUGAGAGAAGUUGAGCAAAAUAGUGAGGCUGAGGAGACCAUUAAGAUGGAGACGGCUGAGGAUGAGUCAAAGCAUGUAGUGACUUCUUCUGAAACAAAUGGGGAUAAAGUAGCUGGCCUGGAAGGUGGUCCAUUUUUUGACCCACUAGCUGAGAAUGACUCUAAUGAAUCAGAUGUAACAGGAUCUAAACCUUUAGCUAAAAGACACUUGGCAAAACUGUCUCCAGUCGGUGUGCAUCACAGCUGCAAGCCAGAAGGUUGUAUUAAUCAAGACUAUAAUAAUGAGUGUGUGUUAGUUCAAGAAGAAGAAGAAGAAGAAUCAAAUUUAUGUCUGAAAAAAGAGGUAAGAAAUCACACAUAAGGUCACAAAUUAGUCCAUUGCUGUUUUUGGAGGGGCAACUUUUGUUAACAAAUUAUUAAAAUAACAUUUUGCCUUUUCAGCGACAUAUUUCUGACAUAGGCAGUAGGUGUCAUCAUUUAUCCCUUUCUGCUGAAAGAAAUUACUCUGCUGAUCUCCAUCACUUGAAAGCCAUUAUGGCAUUUAUGCAGUAGUGACAGGUCAGUUUAACAAGUAAAUUGUGAAUCUUGGAAUUUCAGUUCUAAGGUUCUCCUGCCCACGGCACAUUGGGACAUGGGAGAAGAUAAGCCAAUGCCAUCAAAUGAGGUGUGCUAAGCAGAGAGAGAAAAUUAUUCAGGAGUGAAUAGGCAUGUCAGAAGGAGAUUUUAUGGGAGAAAAGGAAUACAAAGUAUCUUGCUGGCAGGCUCUUAGCUAGGUAAAAAGCUUAGAGUUGUGACUGCGUCUUUGUAACUUUGGUUUGCUACUUUUCUUGCAGUUAGUCAAAAAAGAAAGGUUAGUGUGCAGAAGGAAUCCAUUUAGGAUCUUAGAAUAUUUGCAACUCAGUCUAGAAGAGGUAAGUUUGGAAGACUGUCAUACUUAGUAAUUUGCCAAUGUAAAUAUAUAACUUUGGUAUUUGCAUGGUUUUUGUUUUUAAGAAAGUGUGGAUAAAUUUUGGAAGAGGAAAAGUUAUAAAUUCAGUCUUGCAGAAUUCUGACAUGAUUGGCCUUUCCAGGUGCAUUUGUACAACUGGUCACUAGAGCAGCCACAUGAUAUUGCCCACCACUUGCUUCCAGUUGGAUUCAUAUUGAAUAUGGCUCAUAAUUCUGAUAAACUGUGAUAGCUGCUAUGGCUGUUGCAGGUCCUUUUUGACUCCUCCACAGUCCCAGGCAUUCCUUGAUGGUCCUUAGGACGUCACUGCCCAAGUCCCUCCUCACUUCACAAAUUAUCAUUUGUACCUCUCCUUUCAUUUUGGAAAACUUAUUCCCUGCCAAAUCCCCUCCCUUCCUUCAGCAGUCCACUCCUCUUACCUAGCACUAACGUACACACUUGCUGGUGGUGAUUUUUCUUUCUUUUAAGGACUGCUUCCAUCCCAAGGCUAAGCUCUUUUCCCUUCUGUUGCUAGAAUUGACAACACGAAGAAUGAAAGUCAUAUUCUAGUGAAGGGUUUUCCCUCUCUCAAAAAGAUCCUGAAUAAUCUUGUUGCUCUUGCUCAGUUCCUGGAAUUUACUUAGAAUAAACUCUUGAAGGAUUGUGCUCAUUGGGUAGAUGGAUUGCAGCAAAAUCUUUUGUUUGUCUGCUCAGAAGCAAUCAUGUAAAUGACUGCAACCUUGGAUGUAAAUGGGAGGGCUUUUAUUAUUAUUAUUUGAGGAUUCAGCAGUCCUGUUUGUACUGAUGAGAACUUAGCUCCUAUUAUUUGAUGAAAAGUAUGAUAGUGUGAGCAAAUGCAUGGUUUGACUUUUCCCACUUCCCUUUCCACCCCCCUACCCUUGCUAUGCAAAACAUGUCGGUGCCAGUACUCUGUAAUAAUGUAUAUAACAUACACAAAAUAAUUCUAAUUACUGUGUUGUUGUUUUUAGGCCUUUUUCUUGGUCUAUGCUCUAGGAUGUUUAAGUAUUUAUUACAAUGAGGUAAGAUGGUGCCUUUAGUCAAUACAAUACAAAUCUUUAUUACGGUCAUAGACCAGCAUAAACGGGUGGGAUACAGUCAUUUGAAAUCUGAAAAGCAUUUUGGAACGUUAAAAGGUAUUAAAAGAGAAGGUGAAUAUAAAAGUCUAUAAGAAUUUAAAAGAAGCUAAAAGAAGGGAUAGGAGGAUUGGACAGGUGUGGAAGAGCAUAAAAGGCUGAUUUAUAAAAGACUUUAACUAUUAAUUCAUGGAGCACUCUGAUAUGUUCCUUAAAUCUAGUUUGUGGCACAGGUCAUCCUCCAACAAAUUUUGAGCACUGCUGUGCAGAAUCUAGCAACAUUGUAUGUUGUAGCAGGAUUGGUAUCUGAGAGCAGCAGGGAGGUAUAGAAUUGCCCUUUGCGCCCUGGGUACUUAUGAAGUAGUGGGGAAAUCAGGCUAAUACAAAUGUCUCUGUAAUACAGGCACUGGUGAAGGACAUGCUCUACCAUUUCUGGUUGUCCCGAGUCACAGGGACAUUGUCUCCCGGGUAGUUAAUCUUCCUGUAUCGACUUUCAAUGACAGCCGAGGGGAAGGCAUGACAUUGAGCCAGGGUAAAAGCCCUUCGGUGUUUAGGGACUUCAAGUUUAGUUAGAUAUUCCAUAGGGGAGACAAAGUACCUGGUGGAUUCCUUGGCAGUAAAAGUUGGGAGUCCUGGCUAGAUCCAAUUGGGUGCCUUUAGUCUGUAGUAGUAAGCUGUGUGUGAGUUAACCUGUUGUGUGUGUUGCUUGUUAGCAUAAAACAACAAACACUUUGUAAUAGUUUCCAAGGCAACUUGCACCAUGGGUAAUUUUUCCUUCUUGUAUAAUCUUAUGUUCUCUGCAUAAAUGUAGACAGUCUUUGGGUACAAUUUUGCAUUCGUUGCGUAUGCCCUUUGAACUCUGUGGGUUUUAAUUCCCUGUGAACAUGCAUAGUAUUGGAUUGUAAGUUCCAUUCAUUUUAGGGGACUUAAAUGGGUAUAACAGAGCUCAGGAUUUUGUAUAAUGCUAUGAGAAUAAAGCUUUAUCCUAAACUUUUUCUGCAUUGUGUAGUUGAGUAUACCGUUUGGUGUUCCAUUUCUGACUGCUGAGUUCCCUAGACUAGAUGCCCUGGAACCUAUUUUUAAUAGCUUUAGCUACACCGCAGUUCAAAAGCUAGAUGGCAUUUAUGCUUAGACUUGCAUGACAAACUUGACAUUUGGCUUCUGUCCUCUUUGUGCCUUCUCCCAACUUGAAUAAAAGAUAAAAUACGCUGCUCUAGAAGUGGCUAAGAUUGUUGACUUAGCUGCCAAUAAUGGUAGGUUGCUUUUGUACACUGUAAUUAUAGGAAAGCAUCUGGUUGUGUUUUUAGGCACCUUUAUCUAUUCUGAAGCUAUGGGAAGUUUUUAGUGAAGCACAACCCAAAUUUAAGGCUACAUACAUGGCAUAUCACUACUUCCGUAGUAAAGGAUGGGUCCCUAAAGUUGGCCUGAAAUAUGGGACUGAUCUCUGUGAGUAUUUUCCUUUCAUUGAUUAUAGUUUGCAGUAGAGGCUGGUGCAUACAAUGCGGAUCCAAUCCUUUUUAUGUGGUGAUGCACUGUCCCCUCCCAUUUCCACAAGGACAGGUUUUCCAACUCAUGGCCUGCAAGCACAGGCCAUAAGUAGGGGAUGGUGCAGUCAAUUCCCAGGUAAGACCUGGGGACCAAUUUUGACCUGCAUGCGUUUGAUGUUAGACAUGCAGGCUAUAAUUCAUCUGUGCCAUCCUCAUAGUGAUGUGCAGAAGCAAGAAAGUAUACUGGAAAGAGGGGUGGGCAGGUACUUUUGCAUUCCCCCUCCACAUGAUCACUAGAUUGCUAUCACCCAAACCGACCCAUAGAUAGCCUUUGUGAUAUCGUUUUCCCCGUUACUUGAUAACAAAGACCACUGGACCAAAUAUGGUUAGUGCAGAUUGCAGAACGUAAGAGAGGCCACACACUGGAACUGUGUGAUGAAAUGGAUAUUGCAAUGAUGAAAGCUGGUGGAGCUUUGUGGGGUGGGGGAUUGGCUCAGCUAAUCGUCUCACAGUGCAGAAAGUUAUUUUUUGUCAGCCUGCUCCCCAACUUAAAUAGGCUAUUGCUCAUUGUCUGGUUCGUUUGUGCAGAUGUGCUGCCCAUUUAUUUGACUGUAGCUUCCUUGAAUCUUGAGCGCUAAUGUCUUGGUGUUCCCAUUCUCUGUUGCCUCGUUUGAAUAAUAGAUGUGCACACAGCAGUAUUUUUUGAAAGAAAUGUUUAAUUGAUGGCCUGCUGUCAUCUGUAGGAGGGAAAAGCUUUUUACCAUAGGCAAAAAUGAGUCUGGUAAUCUCCUGGGGGUGUUUAUUGUCUUGUGGAGCACAUUUAAUAUACAGAGCUCUUUGCAGUCUUUCCUCAGUUCAUCUCUUCCAGUUGCCCUUCAGGCCUAUGAGCAUGGAGAGUGAGACCCCAGCAAUUUACCUGGGCAAGUCCUGGUGGGGAUUUACCUCCCAUAACCUACCCUCACCACCUCCUUUCUAAGAGGAACAGACCCUUGCCUGAGCAUGCAAGAAGAUUAAUUACAUCACUGUCCCUCUCUGAACGCAAAUGGUGAUAAAAGAACGCAACAUUUUAAGCAAUUAGUUUUCCCAAUAAAAGAAUGUUUCACUUCUCUUUUAGUCUGGGGGACCAACUUGCUGUUAAUUACUAUGGUAAUCCCUUGGCAGCAUCAACUGUGCUGCAUUAGUUACUGCUCCAGAUUCCUCUUGGUCCCCAUUCAGUCUUCUGAGUGGAGCCAGUAUGCUUUGGUUCCCAGGACCAUUGGCAGCUCUCUUGAGUAAAUAGCUCUGCACAUUACGUCCCCAAAUGCUGUGCAUGCAGCUGUGACCUCCUCUGCAUGUGUUUUCCUAGACUGAGAACCUCAUCUAGGAACAGGUGCAACCUUGGUAAGAUUGUUGGCAAGCACGUGAGCAGCCGGAGGCUGGAUUUAACCCAUCUCUCUUGGAAUAGAUCACUCUGUGGCUGUUUUUAGAUCCUUAUGUGUUAUGUUUGCUAGUUGACGUGGAGUGACAUGUGUGGGGUUUUUCCCUCUGAAGGUGGCACUGUACAAGUAGUUAAAAUAUCUUUAUUCCCAGUUACCUGAUUAGGAUUUUUAUUUAUUGUGAGCAGCUUCAGCUCCCAACUGCGGUUAGAAUAAAAACAAACAACCCUGAUCCUAUUAUAUUAUGGUUUAGAUUUUCAAAGCUGAGUAAUGGGAAAGCCUACAUUAAUAUGAUUCAAAAUGAAGAAAGUAUGAUUAUUUCUAGUAAGUGCUUGUUUUGUUUCUUUUCUUCCCAUUGCAGUGUUGUAUCGAAAAGGUCCUCCUUUUUACCAUGCCAGGUAUAGCAUUCAGAUUUGGAUAUUACAGACAGACAGACAGACAGACAGACAGACAGACAGAUAUGCUUAAGUGUUAUGCUUAAUUCUUGCAUCAUUAGCACUGAAGGAAACAUGAUUGCAUUGGGAAGGGACAGGAGAUUGACAUUUUUAAUAAGCACUCUGGGGUAUAAAGCAAGUUUGAGUACAAGUUUUCCUUAGUGGACUCAUAAGGUAUCUAACAGAGUGACUUUGGAAAGCAGCUUUGAGUUUGGGUAACUGGAUGGAGGGCUAGACAAAAUAGCCUGCAUGGUAGCUGUAUCUUUUGCUAAAUGGUACACUUUAAAAGUAUGAGAAACGCACUUGUUGCUCUUUUUGUUCACUCUGCUAAAGUGAAGCUUCAGCUCUUAAGUAAAUUUUAGCUGAGGACUAGUGGACUGUACCUAGUUUUUAAAUGCCAGUUUCACCCCAUCAUCCUAAAAAAGUUUCACUUUGCUUUGUCUUCCAGUUACUCUGUCAUUGUGGAAUUAGUUAACAGUGACUUUGAAGGGUCACCACACAGACCUUUCAGCUGGAAGUCUUUGUCUGGGUUGAACAGGACUACAGCAAAUGUUUCCAAGGUAACACAUAGACUCAGCUAAGCAUUUCAAAGCUACAAGGAAAAGCAUUGUGGAGCAAAGGAAAGGUGCUACAGUGGGGGCACAAAAAGAGAUAAUAUGAAGUUGUCAGUUAUAGCCAUAAAUAAGAUUAAUGAGAUACUGAUCAAUUGAUUUGAUUGAUCCUCCAUGUGUGUGACCUAUCCUGGGUUCAGCUGUGUUUCUUAGUGUCACCGAAGCCGCUUCAAGUAUAGUCGUACCUUGGAAGUUGAAAGGAAUCGGUUCUGGAAGUCUGUUCAACUACCAAAAUGUUUGGAAACCAAAGUGCAGCUUCUGAUUGGCUGCAAGAAGCUCCUGCAGUCAAUCAGAAGCCGCGGAAGCCCCAUCGGAUGUUCAGUUUCCAAAAAUAGUUCACAAACCGGAACAGUCACUUCCAGGUUUGCAGCGUUUGGGAGCCAAAACAUUCGAGAACUAAGCUGUUCAAAAACCAAGGUAUGACUGUAUUUGUAUGGGGAACUCUUACAGUCUGGGCCAUCUGCACCUUUUCUUAUUCAGUGCUAGCCACUGAUAAGAGACAGUUCAGGGAACUUCCCAAGUUUCAGGGAAGAGAGAAGAAACGCCCAAUUUGAGUAAUCAGGGUGCCUUAAGCCCUAUGUGCACUUAUCUCAAUGUAAGGCCCAAAAAACAUAAUGGGACUUAUUUCCAAGUAGAGAGGUGGAAGUAAGAUUGCAGGGUUAGUGUAUAUACAUGCUGAAUUUCAAAUUUCUAGCUUACGGGGAAGUACUUUAAAUAUUUCAAGUCAAGCACAUUCAAAUUUCCAUUUUAACACUUAUCUAGUAGCUGGGAUGUGUUGGAAUACUUGCUUAUCAGUUUUCAACUUUUUAAUCUGAAACCUUACACAUUUUAGUAACCUAUCUAGAACACACUUAUUUUAUUUUGUCCUGCACAGCAUUCUUUAAAUGGGUAUAACCCCCAUUAGACACACUGAGAAGGGUACUUUUCUGGAAACAUGCAACAGAGCAAUAAGAACUGGAGAUAAAGUACUUAUGCCUAGUACUUUUGAUUAGAGUUGCACAUACAUACACACACAGACAGGUCUCUCAUCACUGCAAUUUCUUGUGAAAUUUCACUUCACAAACUUGAGUUUGAGGCUCUUUGGAGCUUCCCCCAAUACAGCAAGAAGAAUUGCCAUAGGUAGGAAUACAAAUUGUGUCCACUGAAGCUUUCCACAAAGGAACCCUGGUCUUAGAAUCGGGGAGCAAGCGAGUGACCUGUACAUAGUCAUCCAAUUGCAGACCACACCCAAUGUGAUUGUGGUUGGAUGACAAUUUGAACCCAGAUCUCCUUGAUCCACAUUCAGCGUUAUAUUCAUUGAAGCACAUUUUGCCUUACUACCACUACAGAUGUAAAGAGCAAAUCUUAACACUACAUGAAUUUCGUACAUUUUAAUGGAUUUUUUUUUAACCACCAGGAACUCAUGUUCUGCUAUUUGAUUCGGCCACCUGAUAUGACUGCAAAAGAAAUGUUGUCACCAGAAUGUCUCAAAAGAAUUAAAGUUCAGGUAUGCAAGUCCUGCUCUGAUUUGUUUUCUGAAGUCACUGACUGCCUUAAGGUAUCCAGUUCUCUGGAUAGAAUGUAGACCAUAUUUUAAUAAUUUAUUUUGUAAUAUUUGAACCUUUCCUAAUUCAGUAUAUAUACGUAGUAACUUGAGCUGGGUAUACCACACAUGGCAAUCUGAUUUGAGAACCUAGGGUUAAUAUCUGGGAAUGCAGUAAAAAUAUUUUUGCCUGUGCCUGAAUUGUUAGAGUAAUUGUUGAGCAAUUGAUUAUUCGGGCUAAUUUAUAUAUCUCAAAAGAGCAGAAUGAGAUACAUCAUUUGCCUAACUUAUGAGGCUCCUUCCUAUAGAUGUUAUAGGAGCAAUGAGGCAUCUAGUUACAUUGAUAUGCUUUCUGUGCCAUUUCAGUAGCAGGCGAAUUACUCUUGAAAAAGUAGUAAUAAGAAGUAAUGCUCUAGUGUGGUCAGAAUCCUAGAAAACAGUACAACAUAAUGCCUAAGAUUUGAAGUUUCUAAUCCGACACUCCCAAAGGAACUUCGGGCACCUGGAUCUUGAACAUCAGCCCACUAUGCCACAUAAUACACCUCUUUCACUGAUAUGGGAAAGACAGGCGAAACACCAAAAUCAUAUUGUACAUGGCUCAGGUCUUGGCAUACUGAAAACAGAAGGUGUGCUGACGUAGAAUCAUAGAACUGCAGAGUUAGGAGGGAUCCCAAGUGUCCUCUAGUCCAAACAGCUGCAAUGCAGGAAUCUCCAUGACGGAUAGCCAUCCAGCCCCUGCUUAACAACCACCCGUGAGGCCACCACCUUCUGAGGGAGUCAGUUCCACUAUGGAACAGCUCUUACCGCCACAAUGUCUUCCUGGUAUUUAGUCAGAAUCUCCUUUCUUGAGUUAGGGUUAGAAAUGUGUCAGAACAAUAGAGACCAAAGUUAUUUGUUUUUCCAUUGGUUGUGUGUGAGUGAUUGAGGGAUAAGGACAAACAAGGUGAAUUGGACUGGGGGUGCUACUGUGGUGGACAUGCAUGUACGUUGAUGAGCUGCUGCCUUAUCCCAGUGGGAAGCCAAAAGGGCACUUCUGCUACAGUUAAAUCAUACUGGGUUAACUAGGGACAAGAUCAGUGAACAAACUUUUUUUCCCAUUUAUACCUUUUUAGUCAUCAAUAAUCAAUGAUUUUUUUUAGGAAUUGAUUCUAAACCGUUGGGUCUCAUCCCAUGAGCGCAGUGAACAAGAAGAGCUGUGAUAAAAUGGAUUGCGGAAACAUGACAACAAAGUAAAUAAAAUGUCAAAUGUUUACUCUUGUAGAGCUGUCUGUGCAUGUUGCAUUACACAUACACACACACACACACACAGUUUUUGUUUUGUUUUUAAAUUAAAACCUAGAUGGAUACUGACAGAUAUUCUCUGAACCCCCAAAAUGUAUUUUCUGUAGUUUAGUUUUUACCUCAAUAUUCAGUACAUUUUAUUUUAUUGCUAUGGCUAGUGGCUGAUGCAAAUAAGAUUCUUCUUCUUCUGAAUCUAUUUUGUCCAUGGAGAACAUUAAAUUUGUGUUCUUGGUCCACCUUGUCUUGAUAUUUCUGUGAACUUUAGCCAUUCUGCUACAGGUAAUUAACCAAACUUUAGCUCAGGGAUGGGCAAGUUAUAGCUCCCCAGAGGUUGCUGGACUACAGCUGACUAUUGGCCAUGGUGUUGGGGACCAGCAAUAUGUGUAGAGCUACAGCUGCUCCACCCCUGCCUUAACUCCUGGUACAUAGUUAUAAUUACUUUGGAAGCAAGAGGUGUUUGUAGAAUGCAGAUCAAUAAUGUUCAGAACGGCUUAGAGGAAUGCCUGUUUACUCAGAGGUAAAUCCCAGUGAGUUCAGUGGGGCUUACUCCACAUAGGACUGUAGCACGAGUAAAGCCGUGUUUGUUUCGAAUCAGAAACACACCUAGGAUGUUUUCAGUUUUCUACCUACCAUUCUUUGUAAACUAACAUUGCUAUAGAGUAAAUGUGCGAAUGAAAGGAAGCCUUUUCUGUUAGGUUAAUGAUUUUGAAGGUUACUUGCAAUAUGC